UCGGAAGUAUGGGUAAACACUUUAACAAACCAGGACGAACCUGGAGUUUACGGAAGACGAGCAGCAUAUUAAAACCACGUGGUGUUACAUUUCAGAAUGGUGGACAGUGUUUACCGCACACGAUCUCUUGGUGUAGCUGCAGUCGGUCUUCCUGACCAGUAUGCUGACGGAAAAGCAGCUAAAGUGUGGCAGCUGUAUAUCGGAGACACCAGGAGUAGGGCGGAUGAAUACAAGAGCUGGGUGCUGUCCUUGCUCAGAAAACACAGGGUUCAAAGUGUUCUGGACGUAGCCUGCGGGACAGGAGUUGAUUCCGUUAUGUUGGUGGAAGAGGGAUUCAAAGUGGUUAGCGUGGAUGCCAGUGACAAAAUGCUCAAAUAUGCUCUUAAAAAGAGAUGGGAGAGGAGGAAAGAGCCAUCCUUUGAUAAUUGGGUAAUUGAGGAGGCCAACUGGCUUACGUUACCAGAAGAUAUCCAGAAACCUGGAGAUGGGUUUGAUGCUGUUAUUUGCCUGGGAAACUCGUUUGCUCACUUACCAGACUUCAAAGGAGACCAAAGCGAUCAGAAGCUUGCCUUGCAGAACAUCGCCAGCAUGGUAAAACCUGGCGGAAUCCUGAUUAUUGAUCACCGUAACUAUGACUACAUCCUUGAGACUGGUCAGGCACCACAAGGAAAGAAUAUUUACUAUAAGAGUGACCUGAAACAGGACAUCUCCACCUCUGUGCUGUGGGUUAAUAGCAAACCUCACAUGAUCACACUGGACUACACCUUGGAACUGCCUCAGCCAGAGGGCGUUCAAACUCCCCCUGAGACAAGUAAAUUCCGCCUGUCAUACUAUCCACAUCGUCUGGAAAGUUUCAAGGAGAUUUUAGGAGGAUCCUUAUUUAAUAAGUGUGAGCACAACGUAUAUGGUGACUUUAAGCAGCACACCCCAGGGCAACAAGAGACACCCUGUUAUUUCAUCCAUGUAGUUAAAAAGACAGCUUAAAGCUACAUUAGUUGACAUUUAAUUUCCCCAUUACUCUGCCCUGCUGCUGCUAUCAACAAAAACAAGGAUAUUUUAACACAUUAUGAGGUCAUAUUGUGUAUUUUGAAAUACACAUUAUUAUGUUUUGAAAGUGAAAGUUCCAUUUAAAAAUUUGGGAUUUGGGAUCUUUGUGCUUUAUUUGGACAGAUUUGAGUCUUAAAUACUUAGUUCUGUUGCUUAAUAUCUUAACUGCUUAAUUACUUACUUUUUUAUUAUAGCCUUAAUUUCACAUUCUCGUUACUUUAUUUAUAUUUCUAGAAGGCUAAUGUAAAAACCCUAAACCGCAGGUGUCCAAAUUUGGUUCUUAAGAGACACUGUCCUGAAAAUUUGUCCUCAAGACUUGCCUCAACAACUAGUAUGCUUAGUAAACCUUGAUUAGCUGGUUCAGUUUAAUUGGGUUUGGAGCCCAACUCUGCUAGACAGUGACCCUACAAAAUCGGACACCCCUGCCCUACAUUGUCUGAAAAGAAAUGUGCACACCUAGUUGACUUUCAGAUAAAGGUGACCUCUUAAUGUAGAACUGCUUUGCUCAUCAUUUUUACUUCUCUUUGAAAAUUGGAUUCUUUGAAAAUUGGACUCUAAAAAGUGAUACAUUUUAAAGAAUUGCGUGUUGUUUUUUACGCAAAUGAAACAAUGCAAAUGCAUUACAUGAUUUAAACAUAUAAUAGUUAAUUUUUCCUAAAAUAUUAGAAAUUGUAUUUCUGGCAUAGGUGUACUCCAAAAACGUGUUAUAAAGUUUAUUUCUGCUAUAAUGUUUCUAUUAAAAAUAAAUAUCCAAUUGAUUCAUUGUCCUAAUUUUAUUAGUAGUGAUAUGGGUACAUAUAAACUCAGCAAAAACAUUUGACGAAUAAAAAAUGGAAUCAUGCAACCCUGAAAAAGUUAAAGUUUCUGGUGUUUACAGUAAGUACUGUAGUGCUUUUCACUGUUGUUAAAAUGAUUAUGAGCUUUGCUCACCUAAUAAGAUUUUCCACCAAGAUGUAAUCUACAGUGGCA